GGACUAUCCCGCCACCGUUGCAUCCCUAUUUGCUCUCGCUGCUUAGAACUGUGCGCAGCACUCACCGAACUCACGGCCCGCAGCUCGAACUCACGGACGGCCCGCGGGCCGGGAUGGCGAAACGCCGGCCGACCACAGGGACACUGCUGCCCGGGGUCCUGCUGGCCCUGGUGGUGGCCCUGGCGGACCGAGGGACCGCCGCACCCAACGGCACGCGGCACGCAGAAUUGGGGCACGGCUGGGACGGCUUAGUGGCCCGCUCGCUGGCACGCCUGCCGGUGGCCGCGCAGCCCCCGCAGGCGGCGGUCCGCAGCGGCGCAGGGGACUACCUGCUGGGCCUCAAAAGGCUGCGGCGGCUCUACUGCAACGUGGGCAUCGGAUUCCACCUGCAGGUGCUGCCCGACGGUCGCAUCGGUGGUGUGCACGCAGACACGAGGGACAGUCUUCUGGAGCUCUCUCCGGUGCAGCGAGGCGUGGUGAGCAUCUUCGGAGUGGCCAGCCGGUUCUUCGUGGCCAUGAGCAGCAGGGGCAAGCUCUUCGGUGUGCCUUUCUUUACGGACGAGUGUAAAUUCAAAGAAAUACUUCUGCCCAACAAUUACAACGCCUACGAAUCCUACGCGUACCCCGGUAUGUUCAUGGCCCUUAGUAAGAACGGGCGGACCAAGAAGGGGAAUCGAGUGUCGCCUACCAUGAAGGUAACCCACUUCCUUCCUAGACUGUGACCCUCCGGAGCCCUGCCUCAGCCUCGGAAGCACACCCUACCCCUCAGGAGAAGCACUUUCUCUCGAUGGAGAAUUGUUUGCAAAAAAAACUGGUCUAAGAUAUUUAAAUUAUUUAAAUAUGUAUAUAUGGACGCCCAAUUAUUUAUAAUUUUAAGUAUUCUCAUUUUCUGGGGGGAAAAUGACCAAAAGAACGAACAAGUUGCAGCUCAGACCUCUUUGGUACAGCGGAACAGACUUCUUUCUUCACUAUCAAAGAUACGGGUGUGAUGCUGUUUCAUGUGUGCCUCUAAAACUUGGUGACAUCACUUUCCAAGGGUGCCUGGCCUGUAACUGGAAAGGCCUGCCUGGGACCUCUGAGGCAGUGAGAAGGACCCUGAGCCUUCCCGGGAGCAUUCUGCCGCAGCCGCUCCCUCUGCUCCCUUUGGUAUGAACCCUGUCGGAUCGGUUUACUCCAGGGACAGAAGUCCUCCCGCCUCUGUUUUUAGAUCUCCAAGACUGAUCUUUGAACUCUCUUGCAGUCAAUCUUAUUGGACCUACCGGAUGGGAGACCCUUAGACAACUUUAUAAACUCCUGUUUGCCAUUUUUGGACUGGCCAACAGGGCACUUUUGAUUUUCUGGAAAGGAACUAGGAAUGAACAAGAAGGUGUGUGCGCAAGCCACAACUCAAAACUCUAGGGAUGAAAUUCUGUUUUGUGAUAGAGGAUGAUUUGUUGGGAUAUAACAAUGUAUUUUGCAAGAAUCAAACUGAGAAAAACAGGCUUCCCUGAAUAUGGGAAGCUUUGUGCUGGAACUCCAUAAUUUAAGGGUGAGCUGCCCUUUCCCACCCCAGGCAGCCUUUAUGCAGGCAGACUGCAGGAGUCCGAAUUCCGGUGCUGCCCUAAGGUGAACGAAUUCUAUUCCCAUCUACCUCAGAGUUCCUGAGACCCUGGUGACUAAGCUGGAGGCUCUGCUGGGUGCGUCUGCCUGCUUCUCUUUCACAUGUAGCAUCUCGCGCCCCGCUGGACCCUUGUCACGUUCCAGCUAUCUUUACCCAAUGAUUUACUUUUAGUAAGGGGUAUUCAUGGUGAAAAUAUGCACGGCCAGCUGUCGGAGUGCACUAUAUGGUCACCAAGUCAAGUAACCCUUAUAUUUUUCUUUAUAUAUUUUACGAAUGUAACCCCUGUCACUGAGACCAAAAUGGAAGAGCAGGGUCGGCGGCAUUUUAAAAAAGGGGCUGAGGUGAGGGAGAACAAUUAAUUUUAAUGAAUGACUUUGGAGUUUAUACAAAAUGACCUUAGCUCGCUUCAGGGAAUGCUUCUCCCAAGAUGUUAAGACUCUGCUGGGAGGCUUCUGAGCCGCCUCCCGAAUUAACUUUAUUGGAGGCUACAGACAGCAAGACUGGAAAAUCUGAUUGGCAUUUUUUUUUUUUUUUUUUUUUUUUUGUCUUUCACAUUCCUUUAGAAAACUCUUUGUUUGAAUGCUAAUGGGAUACUUAAAAUACUAUUCUGUACCACAGCCCAAGAUGGAAGAAGCCACGCCCCAAAGCUGAGGUGGGAGCUCCUCCCAAACUUCCUUUCUGUCUGGUGGCUCACAGGACAAUACAGUGAUUUUUGUGGUUUUUUAAUCCAGGCCCUAGGCUCCAAGAGUGUUGAGGAGAAGAUAGUUGAAAUGUCUUUUCUUUUUGUUAUUUUCUAAAAGACUGGGUCUCAUAGCCCAGGCCGUACCUGAACUUGCUAUGUCACUAAAGAUGACCUUGAAUUUCUGAUCCUCUUGCCCCAUUUCCAAGUGCUAAGGUUACAGGCCUUGCCCACCACACCCACUCGUUAGGUGCUGGGAAUUGAAAUCAAGUGCCUACCAGGCCACUCAACAGAGAUAGGCUUCCCUCUUGUGGGGGAGGAAAUGUGGGGUCUUAUUCUGUAGCCAAGGCUGGCCUACUGCUUGAGCCCAAAUGUUGAGACUACAGGUAGAAGGCUCCUGCCCUGUUCUGAUGGGAUUCUCUGCAGCUAUGUUGCCUCAGGCAGGCUGUGGUCCUACCUGACACCUAUUACCUGUUUCUUCAGCCAGCUAGCUUCCUUUCCUGCGCCCAGGGACAAGACUGUAUCUUUGGAACUUUGUUACCAGAAUGGGUUUGAUGUUUCUGCUCUGUAUCUGCCCCUGUUACCGAGUCGGUCUGUAGUUACUACAGGUGUCGACCCAGAGAUAGUAUGUGCUAUGCACAGUGGAUGCUCCAUCCAAGAGAAGCAUUCAAUCAUGUAUAGACAGCCCCAUGGACUGAUGGGAAUGAUUGGGAGAGAUAUUAAAAUGACAAACGUGUCUGCAA